AUGGCUUCUGCCGCUGCCAAACGUCUUACCGGCAAGACCAUCCUUGUCACCGGCGCCUCCUCCGGCAUCGGACGCUCCACGGCUCUGGAGUUUGCCCGGACUGCGCCCAAGAAUGACCUUCGUCUGAUCCUCACAGCACGUCGUGCUGAUUCUCUCAAGGAACUCGCGGAGGAGAUCAAGAGCGAGGUCGGUGAUGGUGUCCAGGUUCUGCCGUUCAAGCUUGAUGUGAGCAACCCCGCCGAGGUUAAGGGCAUCGUGAACAAUCUGCCCGAGGAGUGGAGGAACAUCGACGUUCUCGUCAAUAAUGCUGGCCUUGUCAAGGGUGUUGCUCGAGCCCCUGAGAUCGCCGAGGAGGAUAUCAAUGUUAUGUUCCAGACAAACGUCACUGGUCUCAUCAAUAUGACCCAAGCCAUCCUACCUAUCUUCCUAGGUCGGCCUAAUGGUGGCCACGGCGACAUCAUCAACGUUGGGUCGAUUGCUGGCCGAGAGCCCUACCCUGGUGGAGGCAUCUACUGUGCUACCAAGGCUGCCGUCCGCAGCUUUACUGACAGUCUGCGAAAGGAACUUAUUGCUAGCCGUGUCCGUGUAAUUGAGAUUGACCCCGGUCAAGUCGAGACUGAAUUCUCCGUCGUGCGGUUCUACGGCGACAAGGCGAAGGCAGAUGCUGUUUAUGCUGGAUGUGAACCCCUCACUCCCGACGAUAUCGCAGAGGUUGUCGUGUUUACCGCUACUCGCCGAGAGAAUGUUGUUAUUGCCGAUACACUCGUCUUCCCCAGCCAUCAGGCUGGCGCUGGUGUUAUGCACCGAAAGGGCACUUAG